AGGAGCACUUCCGCGUCGCCAGAGGCAGCCUCGACUUCCUCAAAGGGAGUGACGCCGAAGUGCUGAGUGUCUAGCUCAGCAAACUUUUUCAUUUCACGGCGUUUGGUUUGCAAUUUGACUUUUACCCUCGCCAAUGUCCAAGCCUCCUCCCAAGCCGGCCAAGCCAGGCCAAGUCAAGGUGUUCAGAGCUGAGUUCACCUUUGACCCCAGAACGCCCGAUGAGCUUUACUUUGAAGAAGGAGACAUCCUCUACAUCUCUGACACGAGUGACAGCAACUGGUGGAAAGGAACAUGCCGAGGGAGGACGGGCCUUAUUCCACGCAACUACGUGACGGAGCAGGCCGAAUCUAUCGACCACCCGAUGCAUGAAGCGGCCAAACGAGGGAAUCUUUGCUGGCUGAGGGAAUGUGUGGAGAACAGGGUGGGAAUCAACGGCUUGGACAAGGCUGGCAACACUGCCCUCUACUGGGGAUGUCACGGAGGACAUAAAGAUGUCGUGGAGCUUCUGCUCAACCAGUCCAGCGUGGAACUCAACCAGCAGAAUAAGCUUGGGGACACUGCUCUCCACGCUGCUGCCUGGAAGGGUUAUUCUGACAUUGUGGCCAUGUUACUGAACAAGGAUGCACGGACGGACAUCCGGAACAACGAGAACAAGCUGGCUCUGGAGAUGGCCACCAAUGCACAGUGUGCUUCGCUGCUCAAAAGGAAGCUGGCCAGCACUAUCACCCGCUCGCACAGCAACGCUGAGGAGUAUUUGGAUGAGGAGGACUCGGACUGAUGAUGGGGCGCCAGCAGAGAGGUUUCAUCAGCGACUUCAAAACAAAAAACGGACCUUGUUGUCUUCCCCCCUCGUCAGCAUGGUUGUUACUGUUAACUCUAUUCUGAAUCAAGCCCUCAG